AUGCCGUCGGAACGGUUUCAACACGUCCACAUCGACAUCAGCGUCCCCCUUCCACCGGUCGGGCCUUACCGCUACUGCCUCACCGCCAUCGAUCGGUACACUCGAUGGCCCAAAGUAUUGCCGCUCGAAAGGAUUACCGCAGAAGACGUCACCUCGGCCUUCUUCGCCGGCUGGAUUUCCAGCUUCGGCAUGCCUCGUCACGUCACAACCGAUCAAGGCCGGCAAUUCGAGUCCCAACUAUUCCGGCUCCUCGGGCUUUCCACCGGCUUCCAGCGCUCACGGACUACCAGCGACCAGCCCUGCGCCAACGGGAUGAUUGAGCGGUUUCGCCGACAGCUCAAGGCAGCCAUCACGUGCCACCCUAACUCAACGUGGCUCGAGGCUCUCCCGGCCGUCGCUCUUGGUCUGCGCGCCACUUUCAAACCAGACAUCCAGGCAACGCCCGCAGAACACGUUUACGGGGAGCAGGCUUCGCCUAUCCUGGGGAACUUCUCUCCGCUUCAACUCCCGACCUCACCACCUCGGACCCUACAGACUUUGUCGCCCGGCUGCGCCGCACAAUGUCCUCACUGCGCCCGUCUCCAGCAGCACGUCACAUCAAGCCGACCCCGUUCGUGUUCAAGGACUUGGCAACGUGCUCGCAUGCACGUUGCCGCGACGACACUGUACGUGCGCCGUUUGAACGACCUUACUCCGGACCCUAUAAAGUCAUCCGCCGUGAAGACAGAACAUUCACCCUUCAAAUCAGCGGGAGGGACGUUCGUGUCUUCAUCGACCGACUGA